UAUCGGCGACGCCGUGGCUAACUCCAACUACUUCUCCAGGCUCGACCCGUCUCAGCGCCUGCGACGGGCUGUCCAUGCGAACGACUCCCUCCUUGUACAGCGCAUCCUCAAAUCCCACCCGAAACUCAUCCACAAUCCCGACACGUCGCCCAACGGCCUCUCUAACUCGAACCUGCACCUUGCUGCCAGCCUGGGCCACCUUGAUAUCUGCCGGGUGCUGGUCGCGAACGGACACGAGGAUCCUACGCCUGCCCUCAACGAAAACCACCAGACGGCCCUCAUGCUGGCUGCUGCGGCGGGCCACACAGAGGUGGUGCAUUUCCUCUCCGAGACCAACCCAUCCUCCAUUCCUCGCCGCGAUAUCCGGGGACGCGAUGCCGUUAUGGAAGCCAGCCUCGGCGGCCACGACACGGUACUUCAGAUCCUGCUCACUUUUGCCCCCAACGGAGCAGCUGCGGCCGUCCAGGCGUCGGACGUGGACGGCAAUACGUCGCUCCACUUUGCCAGCAGCAACGGGAACCUGCUCGUACUCCGAACCCUCCUGGCCGCCGGCGCCGAUGCUGAGAAGAGGAACAUCUGGAGCUGGAAGGCUGUCGCCUAUAGUGCUACUGUGCAGGCCGAAGUGUACCUGAAGAACCUGGUAGUCGAUAUUGAGAAGAGGAGGAGAGCCAAGAGCGACGCCGAUGACACAACCAGAAAGAUUGCCGCUGUCCGCAUGGUUGAUCCAGAUGCUGCUGCGGGAGACUGA